GAUGCCACCGGCCCGUGUCCCCCCGGCCCGUAGAGCCGCGGCUCGGGGAGAACAAAAGGCAGGAUCGGGAGGAGGCGCGGGGAGGAGGGCAGGCGGCUACGGGAGCGGGGGGGGGGUGGAUAAAAGGCUCAGCAGGGGGACCCCCCCCCACCACUUCUGCCCCAUGUCCGAUCCCGCUCCGCCCGGCAUGGCCCGUCCGCCGCUCCCCGCCGCCGCCGCCUUGUUGGCCGCCGCUUUGCUGCACUGCGCGCCCGCCGCCCCCGCCCGCCGACACAAGCCGGACGUGUCUCGGAAGCAUCACACCUGGAAGGAGCAGAGUCCUUGGCUGUCUUCCUUGGUGAACGCUGUGGGGACUGGUGUGCCCACGAAGGGCUUCCCCGUGGGCACAGAAGAGCAGGUGAUGCACUGGAACCCCCCCCGCUGCGGCGUGCCAGACCUGCCGGUGCUGCCGGACAGCCAGAAUGGGCGGAACCGGCAGAAACGGUUCGUCCUCUCCGGCGGACGCUGGGACAAGACCGAUCUCACCUACAAAAUUAUCAGGUUCCCAUGGCAACUGGUAAAAGCUAAAGUAAGAAGGACCAUCGAGGAAGCUUUGAAAGUCUGGAGCGACGUGACGCCACUGACCUUCACGGAGGUGCAGGAGGGCCGGGCCGACAUCGUCAUCGAUUUCACCAGGUACUGGCAUGGGGAUAACUUGCCUUUCGAUGGGCCUGGAGGGAUCCUGGCACACGCGUUCUUCCCCAAGACACACCGCGAGGGAGAUGUCCAUUUUGACUAUGAUGAGACCUGGACGAUUGGGAACAACCUGGGCACUGACCUCCUCCAAGUGGCUGCUCAUGAGUUUGGUCACGUCCUGGGCCUGCAGCACACAGCUGUCUCCAAGUCACUGAUGUCUCCUUUCUACAUAUUCCGCUACCCGCUGAGUCUGAGUGAGGAUGACAAGCAAGGCAUCCAGUACCUCUACGGGAAACCCAAACUGGAUCCCGACCCAACCCCAACCCUGCCAGCAGAGCUGCCCCAGCCGGACCUCGAAACAAAUGAGAUCACCCAUGUAGAGUCCGAGCAGCCUGAUGCCUGUGACACAGCCUUCGACGCCGCCUCCACCAUCCGAGGGGAGCUGUUCUUCUUCAAGUCCCGCUACGUGUGGCGGCUGCGAGCCGGAAAGCUGCAGGACGGGUACCCAGCGCUGGCCUCCCGCCACUGGCAGGGGAUCCCCAGCUCUGUCGAUGCCACCUUUGAGGACCCUCUGGGCAAUAUCUGGUUUUUCCAAGAUUCUCAGUACUGGAUUUACGAUGGUGAGAGACGGGUAUCUGGUCCCACCCCAAUUGUGGAGCUGGGCCUCCCUGCAUCCCCCGUACAGGCAGCUCUGGUGUGGGGGGCUGAGAAGAACAAGAUCUACAUCUUCAGUGGAGGCAACUACUGGCGCUUCCACCCUCACACCCGUCAGGUGGACAACAUCUACCCGCGGACCAUGGCCGACUGGCGCGGCGUCCCUCAGGAGAUCGACGCGGCUUUCCAGGAUGAGUUGGGUUUUGCUUAUUUCCUGAGAGGCCGAGAUUACUGGAAGUUUGAUCCAGUCCAAGUGAAGGUGCUGGAGGGCUACCCACGCCAGAUCAGCCAGGACUUCUUCAGCUGUACACCUUCCUCCAACUCCUUCAGAUGAGAAGGUGCUUGUGUCUUCCACUCUCCCCUUCCAGCGCCUGUACCUCCAGCAGCCACACGGAGGGUUCCUCCGCCAUUCCUGGCUCCCUUCCAGGCUCAGCAUCUGACACAACACGUGUCUGUCACAACAAGUGGCAAAGUUCCAGCAGCCCCAGCUUCAGUUGCUUUCAAUAUAAAAGCAUCUGUCAUGUUCUUUGCAGGCAAGAGCAGUCACUAAACCCUUACUGUGGCCACACUCUUCCAGCAAUAGCAUCCCAAAAGCCAUCAAGCCAGCCUGGAACAGGAUCACGCUCUCCUAAUUAACCUGGACCCCAUCGUGUACAACUGAUCUGCCAGCAUUUCCUAUGUUUACACAGCACACAAGAGCAGCCCUUUGCUGCUCCAGACGUUGGCCUGGAAGGAGGAGGGUGGCUUCCACAGGGACACCUUCCUCAGGCUUGGCCAAGGGCUUUGGAGGACACUGACUGCCCGGGAGGAAUGCAUCCCAGCAGCCCGCCACAGCCCUGCUCCCGGUUUUGUGUUUUUAUCGCUAGUACACGUUAGGAUUUUUAUACCAAUUUGUAUAGACAAGGGGCCCCCUCCCUCCCGCGGUGCUGGGUGCCAGUGCUGGACGCUGCCCCGUCGCUCCCUGUGCUCUUACCCAGCCAGGCUCCCGUCCCGGGCUGCGCCGGUGGGUCCCAGCGCUCCCAGGCACCGGGCUGGGGCCGACCCCGGACAGCCCCGCUCGGCUCUUUGCACACCCCUCCCGGCUACAGAACCUUAUGCCAAAAAACACAGGGGGGCUGCAGCCGGUUUGUUCCUUUUCACCGUUCACCCCCCGAGCGAGCGGCUGGGGACACCGCAGUGAGCGGGGCCGGUAGCCCGGUGCGGAGCUCUCGGGGCCGGCCGCUCGCCGCAGCUACAGGUGCCCGUCCCUCCGUCCCCACAGGUGUGUCUGUAUUUAUGUACCGCCCCGCGACAAUAAACCGCCUCUUUUAUAA